AUGAAGAGGCCUAAAACCGGUGGAGGACCGAAACCCCAGUCCCCCACCCCCAUAGAACGAGCCGUCAUCGACUCAAUGGACGGUCGGCCCUCACUUCAGGGUCUCGACUCCGGCAUUGAUACUGGAGAUGUAAUGGACUUCGAGUCGAGCGUGGAGUGCAACCAGUCAACGUCAUCAUCUCUGAGCACCACUAGUUCAACCGUUCCGGCUCCCAAAACCCCGAUUGUGAGUCAUUGUGGUCAAUCUACAUCCAACAAAAAGCAAAGUUUGGCGGAUCUACAAAAACAGCUACUGAUGAAGGAAAUGGAAAAGAUGGAGAUGGAAAUGGAAGUCAUGGAAUUAAAGAAGGAGAAACUGAAAGAAGAAAUUCAUCUUUUGAAGUUAAAGAAGGAGAAAUUAAUCAGUGAACAAUAAAUUAUCUAAUUUCUGAAUUUAUCGGUGUGUGUUUU